AUGAGAAUAUACAUUUUUCUGUGUCUGAUGUGUUGGAUAAGAUUUGGGUAUUUACAUUUUCUACGGAAAACCACUACAGUGCAUAAAGAUCCUGAGAAUAAUAAAACAUGUCUUGAAUUCUCAAAAUUAAAUGCAAUGAAUUCUAUAAAAGAUUUGUUUUUCCCAAAACUAAGGCUAAAUCUGAUGAUGUAUUCAAGGGACAAUCUAAACUGUGCAGAACCACUCUUUGUGUCUAAUAACUCCGUUAAUGAACAUUUCAACCUGUCAAAGAAAACUGUCUGGAUUAUCCAUGGAUACAGACCACUGGGCUCCACACCAAAAUGGCUUUCUAAGUUUAUCAAGGUAGUUUUGAAACAAGAAGAUGUGAAUCUCAUUGUUGUAGACUGGAACCAGGGUGCCACAACUCUGAUUUACACUAGAGCUGUUAAAAACACCAGAAUUGUUGCUGAGAUGUUGAGUCAAUGCAUUCAAAUUCUUUUGAACCAUGGGGCAUCUCUUGACAAUUUUCAUCUCAUAGGCAUGAGCUUAGGCGCUCAUGUUAGUGGUUUUGUAGGAAAACUAUUUCAUGGGAAACUUGGAAGAAUUACAGGUCUUGAUCCAGCUGGACCAAAAUUUUCUGGAAAACCAUCAGAUAGCAGAUUAGAUUACACUGACGCAAAGUUUGUGGAUGUCAUUCAUACUGAUUCCAAAGGCUUAGGCAUUCUAGAGCCAUUGGGACAUAUAGAUUUUUACCCAAAUGGAGGAAAACAACAGCCAGGUUGUCCUACGAACAUUUUUUCAGGAAUGAAUUACUUAAAAUGUGACCAUCAGAGAGCAGUUUACUUGUUCCUUGGAGCUUUUGAAACAAACUGCAAUUUUGUAUCAAUUCCCUGUGGCUCCUACAAAGAUUACCAAAAUGGUUUAUGUGUGGACUGUGGAAACCUUUACAAAGACUCCUGUCCUAGGCUUGGUAAUCAAGCUAAGCUAUGGAAAGAAGGUUUGAAGAAAAAAAUGGAAGGGUGGCCUCUCAGGACCACUGCAUUUUUGGAUACUAGCAGUGAAUAUCCAUUCUGUACAUAUUAUUUUACUCUCAGUUUAGUUGCUUCAAACAAAACUAUGAGAGAUGGAUCAAUUUCAUUCCUUUUACUAAACAGUUUUAAGAGAUUUGAAUUCCCCAGGCUCUAUGUGAAAAGCCAACCAUCUGAUAAUAUUCAAGAAGUCAAGAUCCUUGCUCAGUUCAUAAGUGAUGUUGUGGACAUUUCAUGCAUUUAUAUGACAUACUUGCAGUCUUCAGAUUCCUACUGCUCCACCUGCCAACACAGAUUCCAGAGUCUCGUGUUAAAGUCACUUACAUACCCAGAAAGACCACCACUUUGUAAGUAUAAUUUUGUACUUAAGGAAAGAACAAUGACAGAACUUCGACCAGAUGCAUGCAAGACACCGAUGGUGUGA